UAAACACAUUAGACAUUUGUUCUUAUCAGAAAUAACAUUCUCUUACGAGGGAAAAUUAGUAGCGAAUUUGUGACGGAAGGAAGUUGGAAAGUGUUUAAGAAAAAAGGAUAUCCAUAUAAAGUUUAAAAUAAUUGAAAGUUAUAAAGUACUUCAAAUAAACCAGUAAGACCGUGAUGCUCAAAUGUUAAGACAAGUUCGUUAAAUUGAAGUCAAUAAAUUAUACUCUACAUCCUUAAUCUUAAAAAAAAACGUCCUCAGCAGAGUUUUGCAUGCGGAUAUUUUCAUAACGAAAAAAAUAAGGGAUCAAGAUGAGUCAACUGCAAAGUUCCAACUCGGGUGGUCAAUUUAUGGAUCGUGGACGCAUGAAUCAGAAUGGGGUUGUUCAGCCUCUUUUAACUGAUCUUUAUCAGAUUACGAUGGCAUACGCUUAUUGGAAGUCGGGUAAAACUGAUGACCAAUCUGUGUUUGAUUUGUUCUUCCGAACGAAUCCAUUUCAUGGAGAAUUUACCAUAUUUGCUGGACUGGAAGAAUGUUUAAAAUUUUUAGAUAGCUUCCACUAUUCUGAUAGCGAUAUUGACUAUCUAAAGCAAACAUUACCGGAAGGUGUAGAAAAUGAAUUUUUCGAUUACUUAGCCAGUUUAACAGCAAAAGAUGUUACUUUAUACGCCAUCGAUGAGGGUACAGUGGCUUUUCCAAGGGUACCCAUAAUCAAAGUUGAAGGACCUUUGAUAAUUGUGCAACUCCUGGAAACAACAUUAUUGACGUUGGUGAAUUAUGCGAGUUUAAUGGCCACGAAUGCUGCACGUUAUCGUAUGGUGGCUGGAAAACAUGUGAAACUUUUGGAAUUCGGUCUACGUCGUGCUCAAGGGCCUGAUGGAGGCCUAUCGGCAUCAAAAUAUUCCUACACGGGGGGCUUUGAUGGAACAUCUAACGUGCUGGCAGGAAAGCUAUUCAAUAUUCCUGUUAAGGGCACCCAUGCGCAUGCUUAUAUCACUUCAUUUUCUGGCAUUGGGGAGUUAAAAACGCGUCUGCUAAGACACAAGACAACAGGUAUAACUGGUGAUCUAUUGGAUCACGCUGUGCGGCAUCGACAAGCAUUGGCACAUGUGCUCGAUGUAUCACAGGAGGAGUCCAGCGAAGGUGAAUUGACAGCAAUGGUGUCCUAUGCAAUAGCGUUUCCCGAUGGAUUCAUGGCCCUAGUCGAUACGUACGAUGUUAAGAGCAAAGUACAAGCUUCGAUGUCAAGCAAAGACAACAGUGUGACAAACCAUUACGAUACGAAUCCUAUGAACUUGUCACAAUCUAACGGCAACAUUCUGCAGGAGACUGUUAACGGAUGUACGACUGAAAAUGACGCGCAAGCAAAAAAUGCAAAUCUAGUUACCACGAAUGGAAGACCAUGUGUUGGUGCAUUACCACUGGACCCUAGUGCAGAUGAAUCAUGUUCGUCUUUAAAUUCAGCCGGUAAACCUAGUGUCAUUUCUAGAAACAAGACAACAAAUAAUCAAACUCUUACGUCAUCUCCUCCAAACGCGUAUCUGCCAAAAUAUGUCGCGAAGUCAUUCAGAAGCGGGCUUUUGAAUUUCUGUGCUGUUGCCUUGGCGCUAAACGAUUUGGGUUAUCAUGCAGUUGGUAUUCGUAUCGACUCGGGCGAUUUGGCCUAUUUAUCUUGUUUGUCACGCGAAACAUUCGAAAAGGUAGCCGAACGGUUCAAGGUGCCAUGGUUCAACAAACUGACAAUUGUUGCAUCGAACGACAUCAAUGAAGACACCAUUCUCAGCUUGAAUGAACAAGGCCACAAAAUUGACUGUUUCGGAAUCGGUACUCACUUAGUAACAUGUCAAAGACAGCCAGCUCUUGGUUGUGUGUACAAGCUAGUUGAAAUAAAUGGACAGCCACGCAUUAAAUUGAGUCAAGACGUCGAAAAAGUCACAAUGCCGGGACACAAGAACGCUUUCAGACUAUACAGUGCUGAUGGGCAUGCACUCAUUGAUUUGCUGCAGAAGGUUUCGGAACCGCCACCAAGUGUUGGUCAGAAAGUUUUAUGCCGUCAUCCCUUCCAGGAGUCCAAGCGGGCUUACGUAAUCCCCUCCCAUGUUGAGCUGCUGUACAAAGUGUAUUGGAAGGACGGUAAGAUUUCACAACAAUUGCCUACGCUAGAGCAGGUGCGGGAAAAGGUAAAAAUUUCACUUAAAACGCUGCGGAAUGAUCACAAACGCACACUCAAUCCAACGCCCUAUAAGGUGGCCGUCAGCGACAAUUUGUACAAUUUCAUACACGAUUUGUGGCUACAAAACGCACCGAUUGGGGAACUCUCAUGAUCUAUAUAAUUCUCUAAUUAUCCAAAUGAGUCAUGGCGCAAAUCGUAUGGGAUCGAUCAAUUUUGGAAUGAGAUUCGUCAAAAUUUGAUAUAGACACAGAUACAAGCAAAUUACAUUCUGAACUCUCUUUUCGAUACAUAGGCAUAUAUAUGUAUCUGGAAAUCGGAUUGAGGAAAUAUAAGAUACGAAUUACAAAAACAAAAAUACAAUUAAUAUACAUAUGUACAUAAAACAGUUAAUAAUGAUUACAGCACAACUUAUCAGGAAAGCGUCUUGUGCCUUAUGUACACAGACCCCAUUAAAUAUAGAUUUGCAUAAGAUUGUGAACUCGUUUGUAUGACUUCUAAGUAUAAUUGUUCAAUUAUUAGUUAUGAAAAUAAGCGCGAUUGUAGGUACACACACACAUACACGUGUACUUUGUAUAUUGAACGGUGCACUGGUAAUGGAAGUUAUUGCAACUAAAGAUACACAUAUUUGUCGUAAUUAAUAUAGAAUACUUUUAGAUGUCAUAAAAAUGGAUUGUGUCAUUUGUUGUGAAACAUAUUUACUUACUUUCUCGCAAAUGAAAAACAUAAAAUCUGCACAAUUUAUCAUUCACUAACCCUUUUAUUGCGUAUUGAAUGCAUAACUAAAUUAGCAUUCCGAAUUAUGUAAGCCACAAUAUAUGCUAUUUCUUUACAAUUAAUGAGAAGUUUUCUCUGUCCAACACACCUAAUGUAGUUUCGAUUUAUAAUGUCUGUAGUUAUUUAAGUUACAUAUUAUACCAUAAGCAAUGGGUACAACGUACUCUCAUAGGCGUAUUUUGUAUAUUUAACAUAGUUCAACGAUCUUCAAUGUUGAAAAUUAAAUAAAAAUGUGUUGACAUAUUCAAAUAAAA